AUGUCCCAAAACUCAGCCAUGUCUCCCCCCGCCAUAGGCUUCUGCAUCGGUCUUCUUACUGCCUCAGCUGUCACUGCCAGUCAGAAUCGCGAAAGUCUGCAUGACAACGCCCGCAACGCAAUGACUCUUGCUAUGCUAGUAGGAGGCAUUGUCGAUUCGAAUGAUGAGAGUCAGCCAGACGGGCCUUGGCAGUCGCUCGCCGUAGCUUGGGCCAAGAGUGGCGAAGAAAAACUGGUCGAACAAGUCCUGAGCUCUAUUCCUGGAUUCUUGCAAUCGACACAUGCUAUGUUUGACCCUGCGAUCAGAGAUAUCCUUGUCAAUACAUCCAGGUGGUACGACACGGUCAGACAGUCGCUGAGCGCUUCUCUAUCCGCGACUUUCCUGACUUUUGGCCUCGAGAAAUGUAUACCGCCAUCGCUCAUUCGCGAAAUCGGUCCGCAGAAUAUCAUUAUGAUGAAUGAUGCGGACGUACUCUCUCCUCAAGAGGGUAGACCCACCUGUCCCGAACUUCGUCCAGGCUCGUCUGUUGACGACAUAGCCGUCAUCAGUAUGUCGUGCAAGUUCGCUGGCUCUGACGAUGUCAACGAAUUCUGGAACACGCUCAUGACUGGAGUGUCUCAACACCAACAAGUGCCCGAGGAUAGAUUUUCGAUGAACACAACUUUCAGACCAGACUCCAAAGACAAGCGAACCUGGUACGGUAACUUCCUGCGCGAUCAUAAGGCAUUCGACCACAAGUUCUUUAAGAAAUCACCAAGAGAGGCCGCUUCAAUGGAUCCACAGCAGCGUAUCAUGCUGCAGGUCGUAUAUCAAGCUCUAGAGCAGGCGGGAUACUUCGUCACUUCUACACCCGCUACCGACGUUGGCUGUUAUGUAGGAUUCGUUGCAAACGACUAUCAGAACAAUGUUGCUUGUCAUGAGCCAAAUGCGUAUACUGCAACUGGUAAUCUGUCAAGUUUCAUUGCUGGCAAGAUUAGCCAUUACUUCGGAUGGACUGGUCCAGCAUUGGUGAUUGACACUGCCUGCUCGUCAUCUGCAGUCGCAAUUCAUCAAGCUUGUCGUGCAAUUCUUUCAGGAGAAUGCAGCCAAGCGAUCGCGGGCGGAGCUUUGGUGAUCACUAGCCCUCUUUGGUUCCAGAACCUCGCUGGCGCUUCAUUCCUUAGUCCAACAGGACCUUGCAAACCUUUCGACGCCAACGCUGACGGAUACUGUCGUGGAGAAGGUGUCGCAGCAGUAAUGCUCAAGCGAAUGUCUGCUGCAAACAUGAAUUGUACGCCGAUCGUCGUGCCCAAUGCACCUUCACUAUCUUCGCUGUUUGAGAGUGUUCUUCACAAGGCCGGUCUGCAACCUGAAGAUAUCUCAGUCGUCGAAGCACACGGUACCGGGACGCCAGUCGGUGAUCCGGCCGAGUGGGACAGCAUUCGGACAAUCAUGGGAGGAGCUCGUUCUCGACACAGAAACCAAAAUCUCGUUGUCGGCUCCGUAAAAGGUCACAUUGGACAUACGGAGUGCACCUCAGGUGUGGCGGCCCUGAUCAAGAUCCUUGCUAUGAUGCAUGCUGGCAAGAUUCCCCCGCAAGCGAGUUUUAGCCAACUCAACCCCGCGCUGCAGAACAAAGAUCAGGAUCGGAUGGAGGUUGCCACGACCUUGAGAGAUUGGAAUUAUGAUUUCCGGGCGGCAUUGAUCAACAACCACAACAAACCCAUAUCGAGAGAGCAGAUGAAACCAGACAUGAUGACUUCCCAGCAUCCGUUUAUGCUGUCCGGAAACGAUAUGGAAAGCAUCCGUCGCAACGCCUCACGACUGCUGGACUGGAUGAUGAUGUACCCGCAACACUCUUUGGCCGACAUUGCAUUCAACAACAACCGGAAGAACAGCCCGACUCUCGAUCACGCAGCCAUCUUCCAGGCGAAUACUCUGACCAAGCUUCAAGACCAUCUGCGAAACAUUGCUCUUGACAACGCAGAGCUGGCUUCAACUCGCUUGGACCGGCCAGUGAUACUAUGCUUUGGCGGUCAAGUUUCGACGAGUGUGAGCAUCAAACGUGCAGUUUACGACAACUUCUUCGUAUAUCGCAACAACCUUGAUGCUUGUGAUCGUGCCAUCACUUCACUAGGACUACGCAGCAUUUUUCCGUAUGUCUUCGACAAGACUCAGGAAGAAGAUCCUGUGAGCCUGCAAAUGAAGCUGUUUGCGAUUCAAUAUGCAAGCGCAAAAUCUUGGAUUGAUUGCGGUCUGAAUGUCGUGGCUGCUGUGGGCCAUAGCUUUGGCGAGCUGACCGCUCUUUGUAUCACAGGUGUACUCACGCUUGAGGAUACCAUCAAAGUCAUCUCCAGACGUGCCAAACUUGGAGCUAUGCUGGCUAUUGAAGCGUCUUUUGAAGAGGUACACUCUUUUCUGGAAAAAACAGCUACCCUCACAAGCGAGCAGAAUAUAACCGCCCCCACCAUUGCAUGCCAUAACGGACCAACGUCUUUCACCAUUGCAGGCUCAAUCAAGGCUAUAGACGCUGCAGAGAGUGCAGCAAGCAAGAUGGUCCCCAAGCCACGCAUCAAAAGGCUGAAAGUGACUAAUGCUUUCCACUCAACACUCGUCGGCUCACUGACACCUGAGCUUCUGAAGCUAAGCAAAGACAUCAAAUUCAAGAAGGCACACAUUCCGCUCAUGCACUCCACUGAGGAUCUUCUGGAACAACCCAAUGGGGAGUUCGUUGCGAAUCAUUUGAGGAACCCAGUCUACUUCCACCAUGCCCUGACGCGCCUUUCAAAAAUGUACCCCUCCGCUGUGUAUCUCGAGGCGGGUACAAACUCGACUGUGACAAACAUGGCUAGUCGCGCGUUGGACGCGCCGUCGAAUUGUCAUUUCCAAGCAGUCAACCUAGCCGUGGAUAACGCCGUGUCGAAUGUUGUGGAUGUAACGGUGGCUCUGUGGAGAGCUGGCCUUCGCUUCCAGUACUGGGCGCAUCACCAAUCGCAGACUCUGGAAUACGCUAUCUGCAUGUUGCCAUCAAGACAAUUUGCCAAGUCGAGCCAUUGGCUGGAUCUCAAACAGCCGUCCCUGAUGGCGCAGAUUGAGUCAGACGCACCAGUGACUUCUGAUUCAGCACCGAUCACCGCUCUAUGGUCUUUCCUAGGCUUUGAUAAGUCGGUUAACUCCGUGGCAAAGUUCAAGAUCAACACACACGUGCCUGACUAUGAAAAAUAUCUUUCAGGGCAUGUCAUCGCCCAAGAAGCACCCAUCUGUCCGGCCACUCUUCAGAUCCACAUUGUCGUUGACGCUGUGAAAAGUCUACGUCCCUCGUACGAGGUUCACACUCAUCGCCCUGUUGUCAAGAGUGUCAGCAAUCAAGCGCCCAUCUGCAGAAAUUCCUCUAGGUUUGUCUUUCUUGAGGCACAGCCCAACACACAGCAAGAAGGCGAGUGGAGCUGGAGGAUUUUCAGCACAGAGGCACAAGGAAGUGCUGAGACAACGCAUGUCAGUGGUCUGAUAUCUUUCAGACCAAUCGAUGACAGAGAUUAUGCUCUUGAUUUUGCUAGAUUCAAUCGUCUAGUCAGUCACGACCGCUGCAAACAGCUUCUCCAGGAUCCUACGCCAGACGACACCAUCACAGGACGUAACAUCUAUCGUGCUUUCUCUGACGUCGUCGAUUAUGAGUCAGCUGGGCAGAUCGUAUUGCAGCAAGAUCAAGACUCAUGGUUCGAUGCUAUUGCUACAGACUGCUUCAGUCAGGUCGGCGGUAUCUGGGUCAACUGCAUGACUGAUCGUGCCCAAUCGACAUUGUACAUUGCCAACGGUAUCGAGCAGUGGUUGCAAUCACCAAGAGCUCGAUCGCAGACCGAUGGACCUCGCGUUUUCGAUAUUUUUGCUACCCAUCACAAGGCGUCCAAAUCAGCAUACUGCACAGAUGUGUUCGUGUUUGAUUCGCAGACCGGAGAAUUGUCAGAGGUAAUCUUUGGAAUCAGUUAUGUCGAGGUUUCAAAGGUCAGUAUGCAGAGGAUGCUCUCCAGGUUAACUUCCGGUACCCAAUCGCAUCAACUAUCUGGAUCUGUGCCUGUGGGGAUCGGGACAUCCAUGCAAAUCUAUCCAUCGCCUGCUUCAACCAACAACGCAUUACCAACGAUGACAUCCUUAUCAGUCGCCCCAGUUCAACCGCUCUUUACAGGACCCCGCAACGACAAAGAUCAUGUGUCAGACAAGCUUAAAAACAUCAUUGGACACUUGUGUGGUCUUGAAAAGCAUGAAAUCAAAGAUGACGCGCAACUCGCCGAUCUUGGUGUUGAUUCGCUCAUGUCCAUGGAGCUUCUGAAAGAGAUCGAGACUGCCUUCAAGAUCACGGUACCGGAAGAGGAUCGCGUCGAUGUAGUGGACCUAGCCAGUCUUGUCAAAGGCGUUUCUUCGUUGGUCAGUGGCAACACUCCAGAUUCGUAUCAGACUGAACCAGACUCCGAGGACGUCUCCGAUGCCACUGACGCCACGUCAAUCUCGUCAGCUGAUGAGGUCAAAGAACUCCGGCUCGAUGGUACAGAGUGGCUCACGUCAUUCGAGGAGAUGAACAUGGAUACUGACUCCUGCAUCUCCGAGUACGGCUUUGCAGACUAUCUGGUUGGCGUGGACAUCAAGCAAACAGAGCUUUGCAUUCUCAUGAUUCUCGAAGCGCUCGAGAAACUGGGCCGUGGCCUGACGGCUAUCUCACCAGGCGCAGAAGUGGAACGCGUCCACCACAUUGUUGAGCACAAACGACUUGUUGACUAUUUGUAUCAUAUCUUGAAUACCAAGGCAGGCUUGAUUGAGUCAAGAGAAGGUAAAUGGGUUCGCACCAACACCCCGUUGCCUCAUAAGACAAGCGAAGCGAUUCUCCAGGAACUGCACCAUUCUCACCCUAGCCAUAGCGACGCAUUCGAACUUGCAUACCACUGUGGUACCCAUCUGGCCGAGGUACUAAAGGGUACGGAGACUGGAGUCAAACUCAUCUUUGGCAGCACCAAAGGUCGGGAUCUGGUUUCGAAACUUUACGGCAAUUGGCCUUUGAACGUUCUGUACUAUAACAGAAUGGCAUCGCUGCUCGAGCAGAUCGCUACGAAGCUCCCAAGAGGUCAAGGGCCGCUGAAGAUCCUAGAGAUGGGAGCCGGAACGGCAGGCACAACCAAAAUCCUGCUUCCCCGACUUGCUAAGCUCGGCAUACCUGUCGAGUACACUUUUACUGAUCUGUCACCAUCUUUUGUUGCUGCUGCUAGGAAGCAAUUCAAGCAGUAUGGAUUCAUGCGCUUCCGGGCUCAUGACAUAGAAAAGGCACCAGCGGACGAUCUGGUCGGAUCUCAGCAUCUCGUCAUAGCUAGCAACGCCGUACAUGCAACCCAUGAUCUAGCUGUUUCUGCUACCAACAUCAAGCAGGCGCUUCAGCCAGGAGGUGCCCUGCUCAUGCUUGAGAUGACCAAGCCGGUGGUGUUCAUCGACAUCAUCUUCGGUCUGUUUGAGGGAUGGUGGCUGUUCGAUGAUGGUCGCGAUCACGCUAUAUCACAUCAAGACCGCUGGGACCGCGUCCUUCGUUCAGUCGGAUUCGACAAAGUCAUCUGGACAGAUGGCGAACGUCCCGAGAACGAGAUUGAGCGACUCAUGCUUGCAGUGAACCCCGACACAAGGUACGAUAACCUCGAAGAUCCCUUUCCAGUACCUAUCGUCGAUCUUCCGGCUGACCUUCAAACGCGGAAGACAGCCGUCGAAGCAUAUGUUAAUAAGUUCUGUCAAGGAUGGACAGGCCCUAUAUCCUUGAUCAAAAACACUAGCGUCCAGUUCGCCAAGCGCGUCGUUAUGAUCACUGGCGCGACGGGAAGCUUGGGUACACAUCUCGUUGCUCACGUCUCCCGUCUGCCCGAUGUCUGGCGGGUCGUUUGUGUUAAUCGCAAGUCUCGAGUUGAUCCUAUGACCCGACAACUGGAUGCUCUACGAGACCGAAAAAUCCACCUGGAGCCCUCUGUUUCUGAUACCAGCAAAGAUUUGCUGGGCUUGGAGAAACGUCAGUACGAAUGGCUGGCAAAUCACGUCACGCAUAUCUGCCACAAUGCCUGGCCAAUGAGCGCGCAACGUCCCGUGCAUGGCUUCGAAACACAGUUCCAAGUCAUGCGGAAUCUCAUAGAUCUGGCAACUGAGGCGGCUUCGAAUCACGGAUCAGUUGUCAGUUUCGAGCUUGUCUCUUCCAUCGCCGUGGUUGGUCAUUAUCCUCUUUGGACAGGUCGUCGCAUGGUGCCCGAGGAGCGCAUGUGUAUACGAUCUGUUCUCCCCAACGGUUAUGGUGAUGCAAAGUACGUCUGUGAAACGAUGCUUGAUUCGACACUCCGUCGCCAUCCCGACCACUUCAGGGCCUUCGUUACGCGUCCAGGUCAGAUUGCUGGAUCCAAAUAUAGUGGCGUCUGGAACACUACCGAGCACCUGAGUUUCCUGGUCAAGUCUUGCCAGACUCUCCGAGCCUUGCCUGCUUUCGAGGGCGAACUUUCUUGGACACCUGUAGAAGACGUCGCUGGCACGUGUGCUGAUCUUCUGCUCACCGAUAGCGCAUCCCACUUUGUUUACCACAUCGACAACCCGGUGCGACAGCCUUGGCCUCCCAUGAUCAAGCUGUGGGCCAACGUAUUAAACAUACCGCAAUCGAAUGUCAUAGAUUUUGACGAAUGGAUCGAUCGUGUGCGCCAGUACACUGGGAAAUCAAGUGAGAACCCCGCGAGCAAGCUGUUGGGAUUCCUGGACAAGAACUUCAUACGGAUGUCCUGUGGCGGCUUGAUCUUGGAGACCAUAAACAGCGUCCAUGAUUCUCAGACUCUGGCUGCAGCUGGUGCUAAGCUUUGUUCACAGAUCAAUCAUCGCUACCAGAACAUGGACGUACUGGAGAUCGGUGCGGGCACCGAAGGCGCAUCCAGAUACUUCCUCAACUCUGAACAGGUAUCCUUCAACACCUAUACGUUCACGGACAUCUCGAACGCCUUCUUCGAGCAAGCUGCAGAGGAGUUUGCCGAACAUGCGGAUAAGAUGGAGUUCCGCCCACUUGACAUUCGCCGGGAUCCUGCAGAGCAAGAAUUUAAGCCGCACUCCUACGACCUCAUCAUCGCCUCCAAUGUGCUUCAUGCCACGCCAAAGCUCGAGGAAACUCUUGCAAACGUCCGCAAGCUCCUCAAACCUGGCGGUCAGCUCGUCAUCAUUGAGGUGACGCAUCGCGAACACGCACGUAUCGGGUUCAUCUUCGGUCUGUUCGCUGAUUGGUGGGCUGGACAUGAUGACGGCCGCGUUCAUGAGCCUUUCGUCACUUACGACCAGUGGGAUACAAUUCUCAAGAAUACUGGCUUCUCUGGUAUCGAUAGCCGCACACUCGACCCCGACAGCACCAUAUUCCCCAACAGUGUGUUCAGCACUCACGCCGUCAAUGAUCUUGUCAAGCGACUUGAUGCACCUCGGGAGUCGCCAGUCAAGGACAGCUAUCCUCGAGUUGUUGUUAUCGGAGGCAAGACAUCGAAAACGUCCUCGUUGCUGGAACAAUUACCUUCUGCUAUGCCUCAUCGCGAGGUACAGGCCGUCGACAGCAUCAAGGCUGUGGUUGACGCUGAUAUCGAUCCUACGUCAACCUUCAUCAUUCUCUCAGAGCUCGACGAAGAGACCUUCGCAGGGCUUGAUGACGACAGAUUUGACGCUCUCCAGUCGAUAUUCAAUAAUGCAAGCUAUGUGCUGUGGGUGACAGAGAGCGCUUGGACCGACCAUCCCAAUCAGGGCACAACUAUCGGUCUCCUUCGGACUCUGCGCCUGGAGUAUGUCAAUAUCCAGAUCCAGGUUCUUGACGUUGACAACGCAAACAAUCUCACCCCAGAGAUUCUAUCCGAGACUGUCCAUCGCCUUGAGGACGGCGCAAACCACCAGGAGAGCGGUAUUCUGUGGACACAAGAACCAGAGCUCUAUCUACGUGAUGGUCGGAUCGUUGUCGCACGUCUCAAGUCGGACGUGAUGAAGAACAACAGAUUGAACAGCAACCGCCGACCCAUCAGCGCUGAGGUGGAUCCUACCCAGGAAACUUUGGAGCUGACCGAAGACGAUGGCACGAUUUUCUUUAGACAUCUCGAAGAUCUGACAUACUCGCUGGCUAAGGCUGUACGCGUUGGUAGAUUGGGCUUCUACAAUAUGAUCCAAGGUCGCAUCUCAAAAUCUGGUGAAGCUGUUGUCGCUCUGAUAGCCGAGAACACAUCCACUGCUCUGGUCGUCAGCGAUCAACUGGUCCGACUCAGUCCCGGAACUCUCGCCGAAUGUGUGCUACCUUUAUUACUUGCCGAUCUGAUGGCUCAAAAUCUGCUGCUGGAUGCCACAACUGGUACCACAAUUCUGGUGCUUGAGCCUCCUACAUGGCUCGUUGAUCCACUGGUACAGCAAAGUACUGCUGCACACAUCAGAGUCGUCUUCGUGACCAUCAAUAGCCAAACUGUCGGCGAUAACGGUGAAUGGAUCCAGUUGCAUAAGCGCGAAACACAAAGCGAGCUUUCGAAGAGGUUACCGCGGCAAGUCUCCUCACUAUGGAAGAUGAACAAGGCCGGAGAGGGCACUGACAUUGCCCAACGACUCUCAGCCACGGUUCCACGCAGUUGUUCUGUCUUCAACUUGGAUCAUCUCUUCCAGCAUUCUGCAGCAGUACUAUCGCAGAGUUGCAGUCGUAUCGCAUCUGUGCGACUCCAGGAUGCUGUGUCUAGACUCGACGUCCUCCCAGCUUGCGACCCACAGUCCAUCUUCACACCGAGCCACUUAGUGUCCGCUAAUAAUGCUCUUCCCGUCGAUGCGGUCGUCUCGUGGCAAGCUGAAGCGAAGAUUAACGCUCGCUCCCGCUCUAUCGAGACCGGCCAGCUUUUCGUGUCAGACAAGACUUACCUCCUGGUCGGCUUGUCAGGCGACCUUGGACGGUCGAUCGCUAGAUACAUGAUUGAGGGUGGCGCUCGUCAUGUUGUGCUUUUCAGUCGGUCUCCCAAAAUUGAACAGGAGUGGAUCGAGGAUAUCGCGGCGAUUGGUGGUAACGUUAUGGUUCUGCCUAUUAUCCGUACGACGAUGCCUCCAAUCGCUGGCGUGGCCUUUGGGCCACUCGUGCUGCAGGACGUCAUGUUCAAGAACAUGGAUCUUUCAAUGAUGGAAAUGGUGCUUGCGCCCAAGGUCAAUGGAGCCCGCUUACUCAACGAGCGCUUGUCAGAUCCGCAGAACCCUCUCGACUUCUUUGUCAUGUUCUCGUCUUUUGUCAUGGUGUCUGGCAAUCCUGGACAGGCAGCCUACAGCGCCGCCAAUGCUUACACACAUGCUCUCGCUCAGUACCGACGCACACGUGGUAUGGCUGGGUCCACAAUCGAUAUCGGUGCAGUCUAUGGCAUCGGGUUCAUCGCUAGAGCUGGACGAGAAGAAGAGUAUGACGUCGCCGUGGUCGCUGGUCGUGCUCCUGGCACAGAGCCAGUAGAGCUGGGCUUUGAGGCUGCCGGUACUGCUGGUUCUACUCAAGAGCGUCUACUCAACGCAGAAACUAUGGACGACGUUCGUGUGAUCAUCUUGGAAGGUCUGUCUGUCAAGAUUCGCGGAGCGCUACAGAUCGUAGCAUCUGAUGAGCUAGACUUGGCAUCUCCCCUGAUCGAUCAAGGCGUUGAUUCUUUGAGUGCCGUCAUCAUUGGCACAUGGUUCUCCAAGAACUUGAGCAUUGAUAUCCCUCUUCUCAAAAUUCUUGGUGGUGCUUCGAUCUCCGAUCUCGUGGGCGAGGCCAUGAUCCGCCUCUCAGCUCAAGUGAUACCAUUAGCGUACAGCGAAUGUCAGGAGACUGCUGAAGCCGUCGUCUCGAUAGCAAAUCAGCAAGUCAAGCAAUCGGAAUCUGAAUCUUCUGCCGAGUCCAGCAGUCUCGACGAGUACACCGAGACAUCAACUCCGACAACGCUCUCUUCUUCGCCACCACCUUCCGACAGAAAGAUCGAGAGUGUGGCGAGGACCGCACCGCUUUCUUUGACGCAAGAAUAUGCCUGGAAGCAACAACAGCUUGGGCUCGACUCUUCCGUUUUCAACAGCACAAUUUGCAUGCACAUGCAAGGUGAGCUCGACCUCGAUAGAUUGGGCCGGGCUUUCAAUCAGGCUCUACAGCGCCAUGAUGCGUUCCGCACAUGCUUUGUUCCCGAUCCAAGUGAUUCGUCUAGGACCUUACAAUCGGUGAUGAGGUCACCAAGGGUUGCCUUCGAGACUGUGAAAGUCGUCGACCAGGCAGCUGCCGAGAAAGGAGCUGCAGACAUCGAGGCCUAUCAGUAUGAUGUAACGGUGGGAGAUACUCUGAAGGUGGUCAACUUCCAUUGGUCGUCCACUGACCAUCUUCUCGUCUUUGCCUAUCACCGUCUUGUCGGUGAUGGUUGGACAACCGAACACGUAUUCGUCGAAGUUGGUCAGCUGUAUCAUGGUAAGCAGCUUGAAAUGCCGCCAAGCUACGUUGACUUCGCACUCCGUCAGAGAAAGCAGAUCGAGUUUGGAGAGAUGAGCAACGAUCUCUCUUACUGGUCAACACUGUUCGAAACGCUGCCUACCCAGCAGCCUUCUCUCAACGUCCCGGGCAAGCAGCUCACAACCUCGCUCUCCUGGAACGAGCACGAGGUAUCAGCACGUCUCAACCCAAUGGUAGCUGUACGUAUCAAGGAUCGCAGUCGCAAGCACAAGACGACCCCGAUGCAGUUCUAUCUUGCUGCAUACUACGUUCUCCUGGCUCGCAUGACCGGCACAUCGGACGUCUGCAUCGGUGUCGCCGACACUCAUCGCUCUACACUUUCCGACCAAGCCACUAUGGGCUACUUCGCCACUCUUCUCCCCUCUGCCGCUACACCUUACGCUGCCAUUCUGAAGCACCUUGGAUUAUCACAGCCAUCUGCCUCCGAGCCAGCAUCACAAGCACCUCUGUUCCAGGCAGUCUUUGACUACAAACAAGGUCAAGCAGAGAGUGGAACCAUCGGCAGUGCAAAGAUUGUGGACUCGAGAACUCCCAGAGCCAAGUCACCAUUCGAUGUCGUGCUGGAGAUGAGCGAUGACCCUAACAAGGAUCCUCUGAUCACUAUCAAGCUGCAGAGUGACAGGUACUCGACUACGGAUCCUGAGGUGGUGAUGGACGCGUACCUGUCGAUAUUGAGUAUCUUUUCGAGGAAUCCUGCGUUGAGGGUUGAGGACGGUCGCUUGGCACAAGGAGUCAAGGCCAGGGCGUGA